CGCGUAGGUCCUUGACGUCACGGAGCAGCGACAGCCAACAUGGCGGCGCCCUUGGUGAGAGCUGCGAGGAGACCGGUAACGGGGCGCUUCCUGAGUACCACCGCUGCGCUAUGGAGACGAGCGGCACCCCUGGGCCCUCUCCCAAACCAGCAGUUUGAAGGUCAGGAUGUGGAGUCCUUGGAGAAAUAUAGAAGCUUUACUCGAUAUUACAAGGCUGCUGAGGCGGAGAGCAAGAAGCCAUGCUGGUGGAAGACGUACAGAAAAUACCAGCAGGGAGUAUCAGAUGAAGUUGAAGAGGUCGUGGACAUUGGAUUCCCCGUCUCCACACCUUCUCUUGCUAAAAGGGCAAUGGCCAGAAAACAAGAGCUGAAGGCGAACCGGAAGAAUCCAGAGAUGGAGAGAGCGGCACGCCACCGCACAUUGCAUAUUCCGCUGGAUGACGUCCGAGCAGAGUGGGAAAGGACCAGCGGCCCCUUUCAUGUGCAGAGAGUGGCUAAUCACUACGGAGUGUACAAAGACCUUUUUGGAGAAGCAACCUUUGUUCCUUGCGUCAAAAUUAAGAUCCAUUACAACACGGGAGAAGAGUUGGCGAUGCCCGUUUACCAUGGAAAUGUGGUGACUCCUUCAGAGGCUGCUGAACGCCCCGAGGUGACAUUUGAUGCUGAAGAAGGCUCACUGUGGACACUUCUGCUCACCAACCCAGAUGGCCACCUGAGGGAUGCAGACUCUGAAUAUGUCCAUUGGCUGAUUGGAAAUAUUCCUGGGAACAAUGUCCUUUCUGGAGAUGAAAUCUGCCAUUACUUCCCCCCAUUCCCAUCUAAGGGCACUGGCUUCCACAGACACAUCUUCAUUCUCUUUAAGCAGGAGGGGCACAUCGAUUACAAAGAGGAACAGAGACCAAACCCAUGUCACAGCCUAAAGCUAAGAAGUUUUAAGACAUUAGAUUUCUACAGGAAGUACGAGGACAAGCUGACUCCAGCUGGCCUGGCCUUCUUCCAGUGUAAAUGGGAGGAAAGUGUUACCCAGGUUUACCACAAUAUGCUGAACAUGAGGGAACCGAUUUUUGAAUUUCAGCGUCCUCCUGUUUAUCACCCUCCACAAGUCAAGUAUCCUCACGGGAAACCCAUCCGGUACCUGGACCGAUACCGAGACUCAGAUGAGAUGACAUAUGGGAUUUACUGAGACGGGACCUCCAAGGCGGGCAGCCAUUACUGUGCCUUGGAUCUGUCUUGCUUACGUUUCUGACGAUGUUUUUGUAUAGAUAAAUUUGUUCCCCAAGACCAUCAAAAUAUGUUGCAUUUCUCAUUCCAUUUGCCGUGAAGCAUGUGUUGAACAUUUCCGUUCUCCUGGUAUACCGACACAUGCAGCGAUACUAUCGCACAGAGCUUUUCAUUCAAAGUAUGUUAAACCGCAGUAGUAUCCCGUUUUUUGCUGUGAAAUUGGGGAAAUCAAAAUUAACUCUGGAGAUGAUGUCACAAUCUAAAGAAUAUCUACUGAUCGUUCCGGCGGACUUCUGGGUUGGCGGCUUAGUAUUGGUUUUGUACUUUUAUUUACAAUUAAAAAGUAUCUUGUAUAGUUACUUCAGAUACAUAGAA